AUUAAGUGGUCUAAUCAGGAAAUUAUGCAAAUAGCAGUUUAAAGCGUUGUUGACAGCCUGGUCAGUGUAUAUUAUGUGGCUAGUCGUCGUCUAUAAAGGUACACUUAUACCACAGGCAGUCAAAUUUUGGCAAGAGUAUGGAAGUCCAACAGCUUUUAUUAUGUGGAGUGUGGAUAAUAACCUGCUUAACUCAUCACGUAUUAACAGCUCCAUUUAGCAUACAAAAAACGAAGGGUUAUGGCUCAGCGAAAAACGUCCUAAUUUUUGGUAUUGACGGCUUGGGCGGUGUUCACUUGGAGAAUGUUACAGCAAAAUAUCCCGGAUUUCGAUCAUUUUUUGAUGAAGGAAGUUAUACAACAAGUGCAAGAUGUGAAACUCCAACAGUAAGUGCAUCAAAUUGGGGAACACUAAUAACAGGUAUGACGCCAGCUGAAGCAGGGAUUCAGGCAAAUUACUGGAUUCCUGAGUAUGGAAGACCUAAGAGUAUCAGUCAACGUAGCCAUUUUGAACCAAUUUCUGGUGAAGGUGUACCUGAAAGUAUCUUUGAUGUUAUGUACAAACAGAAAGACAUGAAGGUAUACAUGGGUUACACGUGGGACUGGUUUCAUCAUUUUGCAACCAAUACAACUGUAGAUGAGAUGUUCCGUGGGGCACAGUUGCCGUAUUUCAAUGGAAGCGCUGAUUGGCUAAAAUGCGCAUUUGAUUUUGGUUGCAUCAAACAUUCAGAUGAGGCCGUAUUUAAUGCCACAGUUGAUGUCAUUCAACAGAUUCAACCUAACUUCAUGUUUUUACAUUUCUCUCGCUUGGAUAAAGCAGGUCACGUACAUUGUUGGGGAUGCAAAGAGUACUAUGAUGAGCUAGAAGUUAUAGAUGGAUACAUUCAAAAAAUCCUACAAGUAUUGAAAGAAACGAAAACCUCGCAAGGAACGCAAAUGUUAGAUGAGACGUUAGUGAUGGUGGUCAGUGAUCACGGCGGAUACAGAAAUCUUCAUGGGGAGUGUAAUGGACCAAAUACUGAAUGCUUGAGCUUUACUAUGACAGCAACAAUGAACGUGCCUUUGUUAUUGAGGGGUCCAAGAGUAAAGAAGGGAUACAACAUGACUGCAAAUAGGAAUUAUGUCGCAAACAGAGAUGUCGUUCAAACUGCUCUUCACGCUUUAGGCUUGCGAAAAGGUCGAUAUAUGACAGGCAAAGUUCUUACAGAAGCCUUCGAGGAAACACCUCCAGUCGUGAAUAAAGCCAUUGGAGUAUGGAGGGGAAUGGGACCGUUAUGUCUCAUUUGCUACAUACUGUUGCAUUUGACAAUUUCAAGCAUAUAAUCUUAUAAGUUUAAUCAUGUUCAAGAUUUCGUAUGGACAAGAAGAAUAACUUAAGUAUAGAAGAAAGGAUUGCUGUUAUCUAAAUGAAUUGGCAAGAAGUUUGGACAUUAAAGUACGACACAAGACAAUACGACAAUACGACACAAGAAGCUUGGGUACAACAUGAGGGAGAUCGUGAAAAGCUGGUUUACACAAAUUGAUUGUUUUUUUGAAUCUGUCCUGUCCUUAGCUCAUCUUUAUUUUACUAGUUUCAUAAAGAAACAACGAAAAGUUUGCAAUGAAACUUGACAUAAACAAUGUAUCAAAGACAUGUAUAAAAAUUAUGUAUUUUAUUUAACGAAAAAUUCUUUGAAGGAUUUCACUAACGAAAUACAUGGGGAUGUCAUGUUUUUGAAUUCGUGUUUAAGGCAGUUCAAAUCUAUGAAAUGUAUAAAAACAUUAAAUUAUCAUGAAUGUAAGAAACAAA